UACAAAGUGUAUGUCGCUCAAAUCAUAAAUCAUCUCUCUCUCUCUCUCUCUCUAGCUUUUGUAUUGUUCUCUCUGUCAAAAAAUUCCAUGGCUCAGGUUCAAACCGGCCAAGAUGUUCAUGGAAUUAAGCUUUUCGGGAGAACGAUUACACUGCAGAACAGAUCAUCACAAGUAAAAGAAGAACCCAAAAAGGAUGAACAAACGGUGGAGAAGCGGCCUGAUAGGAUCAUACCAUGCCCAAGAUGCAAAAGCAUGGAGACAAAAUUUUGUUACUUUAAUAACUACAAUGUUAACCAGCCUAGGCACUUCUGUAAGGGCUGCCAGAGGUACUGGACUGCCGGCGGGGCCCUACGGAACGUCCCCGUGGGGGCUGGUCGACGAAAAACUAAGCCGCCUUGUCGGGGGCUGGCCGGGUUACCGGAGGGUUGUAUAUAUGAGGGUUCAGAUGUGGUGCACCAGUUUGAGUUAGAUGGGGUGGUGGAAGAGUGGCAUGUGGCGGCGGCACAAGGCAGUUUUCACCAAGUUUUCCCGGUGGUGAAGAGGCGGAGGAGCGGCUCAGGUGGUCAACCAUGCAGCUGAAUCAUCAUAUUGUCCUAAUAGAAAUUUCAAGAAAUCGAAAGAAAAAAAAAAGUGUAUUGUGAAUUAGCCUAAUGGUAUUUACUGACGUGUAUAUGUACAAAUUGCGAUCUAUCAAUCUCUAUAUACUAACAACAACAAAAAUCUAUUAAUCCCUAUAUAAUUAAUAUGUGCAUGGAAUUAAAUAUCGAUCGGAAAAGAAAAAAAAAUCACAAAAAUAUUGUGGAAUCGAACAUUCGAACAAAACCAUGCGAAUCUGCAACCAUAAAUAAUAUUUUAUGUGGCAUGGAACGGUUGACCAUGUACCAA